AUGCUUCCACCGGAAGCGGUCAUUGAAGAUCUGAUGAUGCAAGCCAGGAAGAUUAAGUACGACGUCAUCGGACUGACCGAGACGAGACAACGCCCCCCUCUCAACGCCGUAUAUGGAACUGGAGAAGAACUGUUCACAGGAAGGAACAGUAGAGGAGCUGGUGGAGUUUGCGUUCUCGGCAACACGAGUAUGGAGAAGAACAUCGACACUUUCGAACAACUAACGAUCCGAAUCGGACGUCUGCGGAUAAGAAGACAUAGUGCAACGUCAGCUUUGACUAUCUUUGUCUUCAGUCCUCUCUACGCUGGAAGUGGGAGUCACUCGGUGGAGGGCACCGUAAUGAAAUUGACCACGUCAUCGUCAGUAAAAGGUUUUGCUUGA